CAACUGAAAAUUAUCGUUGUCAAAACGAUAUACAAGGGUAUAAAAGAUCCCGUGUAGUCCUUUCUGCAUCACAAGAUCUCACAACGUCUUUGCAGUCAGCCACACUACCACCCCAGAACAAUUCAAAAUGCUGAGAAUCACCUGUCUUGUUUUCGUCCUGGCUGUUGUUGCCAUGGUAUCCUCCUUAGCCUCCAACAGGAGGGGUCUCACCAAGGCUGUGAUUAAGGCAAGCGGCAACACGAAACUUAGGCUUGGAGGAGCUAAGCUUUUCCUUGAUGCUGAUGGUAUGGCUGAGUCAUGCGAGGCUACAGAGGUCGAAAGACUCGGUGGGAUUUCCUACACUGAACCUGGGGAUUCGGCUGAAGACGCUCUCGCAUUUGCAUCCAAACUGGGUGACAGUGCUGAACUGGCUAACGCUAGAAAGAUCGCUUGUGAUGCUUACAAAUGCCCGGAUGGAACUGUCAUCGGUGCCUGUGCUUUCAAAGCCUAGAAGAAACGAUUGCAAUCAACAUCUGACCGGAACAAGACGGACACGUACUAUGGGAUAUUCGGUCGUUUUGUAAUGACUGGUGUGGAUUAAUAAAAUAUGAUCAUCC